AUGGCAGGCUUUUUAACAAGUAUUACGAAGUGUAUAGAAGAAGACAAAAUAGAUAUAGCCUUGAAAAAACUUCAGGCGGAAUGGCUUAAAAAGGCUCCUAAAGGAUGGUCAGCUUAUAAUGUGAUAGUAUCACUUAAUAAAGUUGUCCUCACAGCAUUAAAAACCAAAAAGACUUGCCUUAGUAAUGUAGAAGAUAUCUAUAAACUAGCAGAGCUUUGCUGCAAUGUUGAGUCUAUGUGGGAGCAAGACAGAGCAGCAUGUAUGCAGUGUGUUUACCAUGUUAUGCGUUAUAUGUUAAGUCAGUCAAAGCUGUUACUUGCGAAAAAUUUGUGUAAAUAUUUUUUUGAGCUCAAGAAGAAGAAAACAUUUGUUAAAUGGGAAGAAAAAGAAAUCUUGGUCCUCUCAAAUACUGUCAUUUACUUUGUGUACUACAUAAAUGACAUUAGCAAAGAUAUUAAUAAAAUAUCAUACUCGUGUGAUAUAGAAGUUUUAACAAGUUUUUGUUUCACUCUUGAAAUUGCUGAGCUGAAUGAUUUUGCAUCCACUUGUCAUUUGUUUCAAGUAGUUUUUUUCCUUUCACGAAGAGCUCAGAAUUUGUUGAAUCAUGAUGAUUAUGUAAAGUUUUCCAUGGCUGCCUUAAAUUAUUUUAUGAAUCACUUGAAAAAAAUUGUGGAUCUUAAUAUAGAGUGGAGUCCAAAAGAUGAAAAUAUCCGAUAUUCUAUGAACCUUCUUUCUGAUAUCAUAUUUCUUUUUAAAAUUAACGACUUUUUUGAGCAAGCCGUGAAAACCUUACUUGAUUUUUUGAACUGUUUAAAAGCAAUUACUACGAAAGCACCUGUAAUGGUAACGAAUGGGCAAAAAGCUAUUGAUUUUGAAUUAUUAAAGAAAACGUUACAAAUGUGUUUAUACAGUACAGAAAGUUCGUUUGCUUCUUAUUUUGAGGAUUUUUGUAAAUUACUUAGUUCUAAAACAAAUAACGAUUGUUUUCCAUUUAUUCAUGCUUGCUUAUCCACCUUUCGGACGAAAAUUAGUUCAUUGCUCCAUAAGGAUGAUGAUAAGAUGAAACAGCUUUUUCCGGGGCUGUUGAAGAUAUAUAUCCAAUCAAAAUCUAAAAUGACUGAAGAAAAAUCUAAAAGAAGCGAGCUUCUCCAUGCAUUUACUAAUGCUAUGUAUUUCUUAAAUUCCUCUAAAGUAACAUCAACUACUCUUAGUGGUAUUUUUAAAUAUGUAGUAAUGUUCUUCAAAGAAUUUGAUAGUUUGAUCGUUGGAAAUAAAACAACAUUUGAAUUUGGAGUUAACUAUUGUAUCAAUGCAAUACAAACAUUCAAAGAACUAGAACUUCAUAAGGAGACAGCAACCUUAUCAAAAAGUUUGUUGAAAUGCAUUUUGAUGUUGGAUUCUUCAUUUCUUCCUCAAGAAACUUUUGAGGUAAAACUAGGCCAUUUACUAAAUUUCUUCAUACAUAGUUUUUCUGCAUUAGGACUAAUAACUGAAGCUCAAAUUGCUUUAAUCGCAUUUCUUGGAGUUCAUCCCAAGUUUGUUACAGUUAUUUUCAAGUUUUGGGCUGAACUUAAAGUGAAUUGUCCAGAUCAUCACUCAAAGGACUCCACAUGUUAUGAUCUCAUUAUCUCAGAACAAAGUGUUAUAGAAGAAAAGUGGCCACCGUGUAAAGUGAAAAACAUUAAUAUUGAACUUUGCCUUUUAGAAGAGCUCAGAGCCUAUGCCAAGUACAGAGAACUUCAAGUUGGCCCAGUUGUUGCAGUUUAUAGAGUGGCCUCGAAGAUAGUAAAAGAUAAACCUUUAUUGGCCAGUAUAGUAACAGCCACUGUUGAUGCUGUAAGUUCUGAUGAAUACAUACCAACAUUAAAAAAUCUACACAUUUCGUUAGAAAAUCUAUUGACCUACGACUUGAAAAUAGAGUCUGAGGAACUUGAUGAAAGAAAACUGUGUUGUUUGAGGUUAGCUAUUGGUGAUAUUCUUUACCAGCUCAUCCGCUGUGAUAUUGUAGAAUUAAGAAAAAAGGCUGAAGAAGAAUUGAAUUUUUUGAAUGUACCUCAAAAGGAAGAAAUUCCUGUCAUUGAAGGAGGUGCCAGCACCGUUACACCUGCUUAUUCCAACUUAAAAAUUGCAGAACAAACUCAGUUAUUUGAAAAAAUGUCCAAAGCCAUUUAUUAUUGGGAAUCAGCAGAAAAUAUAGUUACACUAGAGGACAGUUCAUUUAUCCAUUUUAGGUUUAUGAAAGGAAUGGCCUAUAUUUGUCGACUAUAUUCUUACAGGAUAAAAGAAAAACAAGCUUGGGAAACUAUUUAUAAGCUUGCAAAGAAAGUAUCCAAUCACAAAUACCAAGUUUUAGCUGUCGCAGAGCUAUUAAUAUUGCAAGCUAAUGUUAACUCGACAUGGUUGAAAGAGGUUGAAGAAUUGGUCAAAAACGAAACAAGUAUUAGUAAAAAGAGUUAUAUUUACUCGUUGUGGUUUAUUAAUUUGGGAAAAAAUUUAGUCAUGAAUCAAAAGUUUGAUGAAGCUGCAAAGGUGAUUGAAGAAUUAGAUGAAUCUGUGCUCAAAAGGCUAUUCCUUGUGAAUGCCCAGUACAAGCUGCUCCUCUUUUCCCUUAAAAGAGACAAAUUAGAUUUAACACCCUCCAGAUCUGAGUUUACUCUUUAUAUUUUGGUGCAGAUAUUUGAAAGCAUUCUUUUCUUGAUAAAACAUUCGAGGUGGAAGACUUUUUGUGAAAAAUGUAUUUUACAAUGGCUUCUAUUAGAAUAUUCAGUAAUCAUCGGUAAAAUGUACUAUGAUUUGAGAUUAGUAAGGCAUGCUCGAUGUUAUGCAAAGAAACAGCUGGCUGUUGCUCAACGAUUAGCAUUACCUGUAAGGGUUUGUGAAUUUCUCACUCUUCUUGGUGCAGUUGAUCUUCUGACGGGCAACAGAACAGACGCUAACGAAAAGCUUCUUGGCCUCGACUCUAUUUUGGAGCUGGAUACUGUCAAAGUAAAAGAGGAGUCUGACAAAUUUGAAGUUGGCUACUACUUUUCACAGACAAGUUCUGAAAAAGAUAUAAGAGACCCUAUUUUUAUUUCUCACUCGCUGGGUUGCAGCUGUCUUGUGUGUGACAAUGUUGACUUUUUGCUUUUAACUAUUGAAGCUUUUAUGCUCAAAGGAGUAUUUGCAUUAUCUGCUGGUGCUCAAGAUCUUGCUAACCAUAUUUUCACAAUUGGCAAAUCACUUAUGGAGUUUACGAAUGAAAAAAUCGAGAAAUACUUCUCUGAUAUUCCAAAUAGAUACAAUGAAACCAAAGUUAGAUUUUAUCUAAACCUAACAUUAGCUCAUGCUAAUUGGGGUGAAACUGAUAAAGCCUCGACAUAUAGUAAGAUGGUAUUAGAAUCCAUGGAUACAUGCAGCAGAAUAUUGCAAGAAGAAAUAUCAUACCAUUCGACUGCUCUAGACUGGCUAUGUUAUGAAAAACCAUCCUCGGUUGUCUAUAAACCCAAGCUUUAUAAAGAGAUAAAUGAUAACAGUGUUCAGAUUGUAAAAACACCAGAACAUGCCAAACCUCUAAGUAGUGCUAUGCCAAAGGGAUUAAAACUAUUUAGUUCCUCUAAGAAGUUUAAAAUUCCUGUCUCCCCACGACCUACUAUGGUAAAAAAAUGUAUUUUUGAAGAUACUGAAGAUUCAGCAGAUGAAGGACAAUUUAUUAUAAACAAGGAAAAUGGAGAUGGAAAAACACCUGAAAAGAAAGGAAAUAAUUUGAAGAAAGACAAAAAUACUCUAGCCAUCCCCUUGUCCCCUUCACCACAAAAUCUGAUUAAAAAAACCUUGUGUUUUGAUAAUUCAGAAAGUAACGUUACUCCAAAAUCAUUACAUUUCUCCUUAGAAACUCCUAAAGAAAUAAAAACAUACAGCACCAGGGCUAGGAGAGUGCAAACCGAAAAGAAAGCCACCAAGAAGGUCCCUGCUGCGGCAGAUUUAUUUUCAACUCCUUUUCCAACAAAAACUGUCCCUGGAAUAAAAGUUUUCUGUGAUGAUGACGAUGAUGUUUCCAAGACGGUUAAACGAAGGGGAAGGCCACCUAAAUCUACCACCACUGUUAAGAAAACUGUUAAAAAGGGAAAAAAUGUGAAAGUUCAGGAGGGAAGGCGGAAAUUGUUUGAUAGUGAUACUGAAGAAGAGGUCAAAACCCAGAGGCCUGAAAGAAGAUUGUUCGUUGAUAGUGAAUCAGAAGUAGAAAAUGAUAAAAAGAAUUCUUUUACUAGUUCUGAUGAUUCUGCUAUCAUUGAGGCAUCAUUUGUUGAAAACACUGGCAUGAAAGUUUGUCUACCACUAACUCCAUUAUCAACUGGACUGGAAACUCCUCUUAAACAACUGUCAAUUAAUGAUAAAAAAGAUAAAAUGUUAUCUCUUUCAACAAGAAAUAAGAAAAAAGUUAAAGAAUUGCAAGAAACGCCUCAGUCUUCACUUCGUAAAACAUUAUUACGAAAGUGA